CACUAGAAGCAGAAGCACAUUGCAGUUAGCCAGUGAGGAAAGAAUUUUUUUUUUUGUUUUUGCUCUUUGGUAGGGAUCUGAGGGAUCCACAGAGAAGCGUACAAACAUUCAUUUUGGAUAUUUUAUUUUCUGACUGUCACAAUGUCCAGAGUUACCAAUCUGUCGAAGCUGCGGCAAGAGAGGAUGAGGGAGAUCAACCAGCGGAAUAAAGAGAGAGAGCACAUGAGGGAGCGAGAGAAGGUGGCAAGGGAGAGGGAGGCACGUUACAGCAAUGGUCACCUCUUCACCUCAUUGACAGUGUCAGGAACCACACUCUGUUCAGCAUGCAACAAGAGUAUUACUGCCAAGGAGGCACUCAGUUGCCCUACUUGCAAUGUCACUAUCCACAACCGAUGUCGAGACACUUUGCCAAACUGUGCCAAAAUGAAACAGAGGCAGCAGAAGACUGCCCCAAUGCGGAAUAACUCCUUGCAGAAUGUUACACUGCGCACAAAAACUCCAGGAAUGCGUGAGCGUCCAAGUUCAGCCAUCUACCCUUCGGACAGCUUCCGACAGUCCCUGCUGGGAUCUCGCCGUGGUCGCUCCAGCCUAUCCCUGUCCAAGAGUGUCUCCACAAACAACAUUACAGGGACCCUGAAUGACGACUCUCCCCUGGGGCUGCGCAGGAUCCUUUCCCAGUCUACAGACUCCCUGAGCUUCAGGACCAGAGCCAUGUCAGUGGAGUCUCUCAAUGAUGACGGAGACAAUUACUACACUUCAGUAUUGGAAGAGUUGGAACUCGAGGGCCAGGACUUCAAGGCUGACUCAUGGAGCAUGGCUGUGGACAACAAUUACUUGCAGACACACCGCAAAAAUGUCAUCAAGAGGCAGGAUGUCAUCUAUGAGCUGAUUCAGACUGAGCUGAACCACAUGCGAACGCUGCGUAUCAUGGAAAGGGUGUUCCGGCAAGGCAUGCUGGACGAGCUUCAGCUAGACCCGUGCACCGUGCAUGCCAUGUUCCCCUGCCUGGACCAGCUGAUCAGGAUACAUUCCCAUUUCCUGGCACAGCUUCUCCUGCGGCACAACAGCAGCCUGCAGUCUGGAUCCAGCCGCAACUUCACCAUUCACCAGCUGGGGGACAUACUGCUGGAGCAGUUUUCAGGCCAGUGUGCGGACGACAUGCGAAAGACCUAUGCUGAGUUCUGCAGCCGCCACUUGAAGGCUGUCAAAUUAUACAAAGAACUGCUCGCCAGAGACAAAAAGUUCCAGUGCUUCAUACGGCGGAUGAGUCGUGGACCCUUACUACGUUGCCAUGGUGUUCAGGAGUGCAUCUUGUUGGUAACUCAGCGGAUUUCCAAGUAUCCUGUCAUUGUUCAGCGCAUUCUGGACAAUACCACUGAUGAUGGAGAAGAAGCCUCCUUGCUUGCCCAGGCUCUCUCCAUGGUCAGAGAACUUCUUAGUUCUAUAGACCAACAGAUGGAGGACCUGGAGCAAACACAGCGGCUGCAAGAGAUCCAGGCCAAGCUGGACCAGCGGUCUGAGGCCAAAGUAAGGGAUGGAGGAGUGUUCAAGGCUGGAGAGUUGUCCCGCCGGAGACUUGUCCAUGAAGGGACCCUUUUCUGGAAAACCCCGGGAUCCCGGCUCAAAGAUACACAGGUCUUAUUGAUGACAGACAUCCUGGUGUUUCUGCAGGAGAAAGACCAGAGAUACAUCUUUCCAUGUCUGGACAAGUCUCCAGUACUGUCCCUUCAGAACCUGAUAGUGAGGGACAUAGCCAAUCAGGAGCGUGGUAUGUUCCUCAUCAGCGACUCCUCUCCUCCUGAGAUGUACGAGUUCCAUGCUGCCUCCAAGGAGGAGAAGAAUAUCUGGAUACGCCACAUCCAGCGCACCGUCAGCAGGUGCCCAUCGAGAGAGGAGUUCCCCCUCAUAGAGACUGAACACAAGGCUCAUCUUAGGAGACUCAAAGCUGAGCUGCAGCAGAAGGACCGGGAGAUGCUGGAGCUCCUGCAGGAGAGGGUGACUCUGUUCUGUGAGCUGGCAGAGGUGACGAGUGGUCACGAGGGCCUACAACCUCCCAUCACUCGCUAUCUGUUCAGGGCAGACACCGCCCAAGCUCCGCGCGCAGAGAAACUGCUGCUGGACGCCACCACCGAGGUGGACAGGUUGAGUGAGCUCCUGCUGGGUUCCAGCGUGGACAUCCCUCUCCCAUGGCAGCACAACCACAUGGAGGUGGUAGAAACCAGUGAUCAGGAUCUGUCGCUCAAUGGAGCACAGGAUUUCUUUGCAGCAAAGAAGAUCUAUCAGAGGCUGGUGAAUCUCAGUGUUUAUCUCCAUGCACUUCAGGGUGCUGUGAUCAAACAAGACUCCAUUUUGGAGCUGCUACUGCAGCCACAGGAUACCGUGGCACCAGCUGCAGGAGGAGUAUGGCGUCCUUUCUGGAGAGAUGGUGGAAAUCGGGAGGCCAAUCCAGGGUCGACCAUCGGGGAGCUGGCUCUUUUGCAGAGACAACACAGCCUGUUGCAGGAGGAGCUGCUGAGGCUGCGGGAUGCCGAGAGCCGGUUCAAGGACAGUGAGAGAGCCCGGGCAAAGCUAGAAAAGCAUGUCCGACACAUGAAGGUCUGCAGCGGGAACACGCCUGCCUCCCAGCAGCUAGGGGAGCAGGAUUCUCAACCUGCAUCUCUGCAGCCAGUAAAGGAGGUCUCAACCGGAGCUGACACCCUGUGGGCCAGCCAGCAACCAGCCCACCAAUCAGAUGGCCUUCAGGACGGCAGUGAUGUGGAGGUAGACAUGACGUCAGAUGAUGAUGAUGAUGAUGAUGGGACAGCAUCUGAAAGCUCCAAAGAUCUUCAAGAUAUUCCAGAGGAGAUCUGAUCCUUGGCAUGUUUCACAGGGCUACUGAGCCUACACCUAUAGCCAUGGGCGUUUUAUGACAGUCUCACACACUUUUUUUAAAACGAUUAGUCCCACACACACACACACACACACACACACAGACACUUUUUUGUCGAUAAUGCAUCAAGAGCAUCGAUCUUUCCACUCGCACUCUGAAUCUAGGCGUCAUUAUCAAAUCCAUUCUGCUUCUGCUAAUUGAGAGAAUGCUCAAAUCAAUGAAACUCCAUUUCGCGUUUCCGCUGCUACCUUGCACCCAGAUUCACACACAUACACGCGAGCGACAGAGCGCCACAGUUUAAGAGACAGAGGGGCAGAGAAGGUGGAAGGUGGAAUACUGCACGCAAUGUUUCUGUAAGUUAUUAUAACUCACUUUUUGACUCGUGCCCGUUGACAGCCCUAAGUACAGGUGGGAAUGCACCCAGGACGCAUUCAAGAUGCAUUGAGAUCCCAUCACUCAGACUCUAGGCCACAUGUGUUCUUAUAGCAGUGAGAACUAGAAUGUGUCCGGGGCCACAUUAAGGCCCGCUGACUCCACUGUGAGCCAAACUACGUACGUACUCCUUCAAAGUAUUUCUCAUGAUACAGAAACCACUGAGUGUGAGUUCUGUUUUGGAUGCUAAUAUCAGAAUGUUGGGGAUGUGUGGCUGUUUUUGUUCCUCUGCUGCCUGCUCUCAUAUCCCCGGCUGUCUGGAGCUCUGCGCAGUGCCGUUGUCUAGAAAAGGCAGCCAUUACAAAUAACCCUAUUUUAAGCUUCAUAAAACUUUCCCAAAUUCACCUAUAUGUAGGACAUAACAACAGACACUCCAUUCUUACAUUGUCUCCUUCUGGCGAUUAUCCUUGAAAUGAAUGUCGUUGAUCCAGACUAGCAGGAACAGUAACAUGUUAUAAUAUAGAAACUUAUGUCGACACACAGACAGACUGUGCGUUACAGUGACACCCGGGACAAGAACAGGACAUGAACCCCGGUCUCCUGGGUGAAAGUCCUACGUCAUGGUGGACCCGCUGCUCUGCCUACUGCGUCCCAUACAGACGCUAUCUGAUGCUGAG